AUGGGACUGGGACAUGAAGAGACAAGGCAAGUGGAAGAGCCAGAGACAUGGGAUGGGAUGGGGCCAGACAAAAGACUGGAACUUAAGCAGGGUCAUCCAAUGAACUCAUCCGAUGCUUUUGCCACGGACCAAUGGGGCUUCGAGUGCCGUGUCUCUCUGAGGGACGUAAGAGAAGACGAGGCGGUGCGAGGAGGCGUUCCAGAAGGUUCUUUCAGUCCCGAUCAACUCUGCCCAGCCCCAGCCUCUCUAGAAGAAGCCAUGGCAACGCGUCUUGUCCUGAGUCUGCUGUUCUUCUUCCUCCUAGGAGCCUCCAGCCACAGUUUGACCGAAGAUGUGCAUUGUUACAAGGGUGUCUCCGUGAAUAUAGAAGCGGAUCCAACCAAUAAGUUUAAUUGGACCGCAGAGGAAGUUGAGACUUGUGACAAUGGAGAAUUUUGCCAGGAAACCAUACUAAUUAUUCAAGCAGGAGCUGAGGUGGCCAUUUUUGCCACGAAAGGCUGCAUCACCGAGCAGAUGGCUGCAGUCACGUUUGUCCAGCACACUCCACCCCCUGGCCUGAUGGCAAUCUCCUACAAUAACUACUGUGAAGAGUUCCUAUGUAACGACAGGAACAACAUAAAUGACUUUAUAAGGCAACAGGAGACCCCAGGUACUCUGGAAGGAGGCACUCUCCAUUGCCCAACCUGUGUGGCUUUGGGGUCCUGUUCCAGUGCUCCUUCUCUUCCCUGUCCCAGUGAUACAAAGCGAUGCUACCAAGGAAAACUUGAGAUUGUGGGAGGUGGCAUCAACACCUCUGUGGAGGUCAAAGGCUGUAUAGCGGAGCCUGGUUGCAGGCUGAUGUCCAAAAUCCCUGCAGUAGGACCCAUGUUGAUAAAGGAAAUGUGCCCACAGCAGCUCCUCACUCGAUCCCGAAAGGCAGAAAAUGGGACCAGCUGUCUUAUUUCAAUUUGGUGGCUACAGUUGCUGCUGCCUUUGCUGAUGCAAUCUUUCUUCCAUUUUUCCUGA